AGUGAGAGCACGUCGCUCCGUCACAAAUCCCCGCGCGCCCCUUUACGUACGUUCGCGACACCAGGAUUUAAAGUGAAGCCUAGUGUAGUGGCUUGUGAAUGGAUGUAGUGUUGUGUAGCGGUGUGUUUGUGAUUUAUCCAGUGAGUGUUGUGUGGUGUAUGACCGUUAUAGGAUUGUUAAAAACAGAAACCAUGCGCGUGCGGUGAGCUUCCGCGCCUGCGCGCUCCGCGCGUCUACUUUAUGAGAGUGUGCGAAGGAGCACCAUGUGGGGAGCGCGCGCGUGGGUCGUGCUCGCGGCCGUCGCGUGGUGCGCGCGCGCCGGCCCCGGCCCGCCCGCGCCCCCUGCGCCCGCGUUCGCCUUCGCGCAUGCGCUGUACAACCUCAGCAUACCGGAGAACAGCGCUCCACGCACAGCGGCGCUCCCACCGCCGGCCUCGGCUCCGCUUGGCGUCCGGCUCCCGUCCGGCGCGCACGUCCGGUUUCGGAUACGGCACGGCGACAAGGACAAGUUCUUCAAGGCGGAGGACCGCGCUGUGGGCGACUUCGCGUUCUGCUUCAUCAGGACACGAGCGGGGCACGCUGACGUGCUCAAUAGGGAGAGGAAGGACUUUUAUAAACUCGAAAUACGAGCGACCGCUCAGCUGCCUUCCGGAAAGCAGUUAGAAGCGGAUACUAUAGUCGCCAUCACCGUCACCGACGUCAACGACCUCAGUCCGCUCUUCUACCCCACAGAGUACGACGUCCUGGUCCCAGAGGACACGCCAGCGCACGCCAGCGUCGCCAGGGUGUCUGCCGAAGACGCCGACUUAGGGUUAAACGGGGAAAUCUAUUAUAGUAUCGAAGAGAACACUGAUCAGUUCGCAGUGCAUCCUACCAGUGGUGUGGUGACUAUUACAAGGACGUUAUCAGCGUCUGAACGCGCGCGGCAUGAGCUUACAGUGUUAGCCCGUGAUCGACAAUCUUUACUUGUGCGCGGUGACGAAGCAGCGGCAGCACGCGCUUCGCUAGUAGUUAGAGUAGCACGAGCGAAUCUUCACGCGCCCGAACUACGCGCUCGGCGGCUACCCGAGCUCGUUGAGAACUCCUCAGCAGAAGUCUACGCUAUCGUAGCUGUAACGGAUCGCGAUUCCGGCGAACAAGGACGGAUCGCGUCAGUGGAAAUCGUCGGGGGUGACCCUGAUGGACAUUUUCGAGUGCGCCCUUCAGCUCAACCUGGAGAGUGGGAUGUGCUCGCUCAUGCUUUAUUAGACCGUGAGCGGACACCUAGAGGAUACAAUUUAACUUUACGUGCUAAGGAUGCCGGUCGUCCACCGCGCUCAUCCUACUUAACAUUACCUGUAACUAUAACGGACGCUAAUGAUAACGCUCCGGUUUUCAGUCGAGAACUAUACGAGUGUACAGUUUCAGAAACAGCUCCACCAGAUACGCCUGUAAUAAGGCUAAAAGUAUCCGAUAGAGAUGAGGGUCGCAAUGCGCGAGUAUAUAUAGAAAUAGUAGGUGGGAAUGAAGGCGGAGAGUUCAGGGUGAAUCCUGAUACAGGAGUUUUAUAUACAGCAAAAGAGUUAGAUGCAGAACUUCGAGCGCUCCACACACUAACAGUAGCUGCUGUGGAUCACGGGAAUGCUGGCACGAGGAAACAGAGCUCCGCUAAGGUGCAAGUGGCAGUCAUAGAUGCGAACGAUAACGAUCCUGUCUUCGAGCAGGACGAAUUAGAUGUAGUUGUGCCUGAGAACGGCCCCGCUGGCGCUGUUGUAGCUAGAGUGACAGCAAGAGACGCGGAUUCCGGAGAAAACGCCUACAUCUCCUACAGUUUAGCUAAUUUACAACCCGUGCCAUUCGACGUGGACCAUUUUUCUGGUGCAGUACGCACCGCUAGAGUACUAGACUAUGAGAGCAUGCGACGCGAUUAUAUGUUAAGAGUGCGCGCUAGCGACUGGGGUCUGCCUUAUCGGCGGCAAGCAGAGUUAAGACUUCGUGUAAGACUACUUGAUGUUAAUGAUAACAGACCGCAAUUUGAAAGAGUGGAUUGCGUUGGUUAUUUACCUCGCCGCCUGUCAGCUGGUGCAGAGAUUGUGACGCUUUCCGCAAUUGACUUCGACGCAGGAGAUGUCGUAUCAUACCGCAUAGUUGGUGGAAAUGAUGAUAAUUGUUUCGCAUUAGAUUCUGGCACAGGCGUGUUAAGUUUAGCUUGUGAUCUAGCAUCAGUACGCGCUGACAGCAGAGUCCUCAAUGUGACUGCUACUGAUGGAACGCAUUUUGCGGACCCAACGUCACUUGUCCUCCAUCUGACAGGAGCAGGUGCUGGACCAGCGUCAGGUGCUUUAGAAUGCCGAGACACCGGCGUAGCGAGACGACUAACAGAACUACUAGCAGCAGCUGAACGAAGUAACGCACCUUUAGACGCUGACGAGUUCCCUCUAGCACCAUCAAGAUAUGGAGAGAAUCUACACGCGCCUGAAUUCCUAGAUUUCCCUGUAGAAGUUAAAGUGAAUGAAUCUGUAGCGCUUGGAACGACGCUAGUGAAAUUAACAGCAAGAGAUAGAGAUCUAGGCUACAAUGGACUAUUAACAUUCGGGAUAUCUGGUGGAGACCCUGACUCCGCCUUUAGAAUAGAACCUGACACAGGCGAGCUACAAGUUAUUGGAUAUUUAGACCGCGAGAGAGAAAGUGAAUACUAUCUGAACGUUUCUGUUUGGGAUAGCGGGAAACCACGCCGCUCCGCCUCCCGUUUAUUACCAGUGACAGUUCUUGACGUCAAUGAUAAUGCUCCUCGCUUCGAGAAAACCUUAGCCUCUUUUAGAGUGACAGAAAACGCGAUAAACGGGACUGCGAUUUUCCGUGCGAACGCAACAGAUCGCGACGCGGGUGAAUUCGCAAAGAUUACCUACAGUUUAGCAGGAGGUGCUGAUGGUGAAUUCUGCGUUGAGCGUGACACAGGAAUGUUACGCGUUUGUGCAGCGUUAGACAGAGAGAAAAGAGCGUUAUACGAGCUUACUCUUAGAGCAACGGAUGGUGGUGGUCGUUCAGCAGAAGCAUUAGUCCGAGUAGCGGUUGACGAUGUUAAUGAUUGUCCUCCUCACUUUGGAUUGGCUUCCUACUCCGCUCGCAUACCUGAGGAUGUCCCUCGCGGCACAUUAGUGGCGGUGGUGGACGCGUUUGAUCCGGACCUGGGCGCGGGUGGGCAGGUGACGUACUCGCUGCCAGAUCAGGGCGAUGACGCUGCGUUCGUUGUGGACGAACGCUCUGGUGUGCUGAGGACGAACAAACGGCUCGAUUUUGAGGAGAAGCAGGUCUACGGCGUCACAGUCCGUGCGACCGACGGCGGUCAACCCGCCCUCUGGUCCGAAGCCACUCUCAUAGUAGAAGUACUCGACGUAGACGAAAACGCUCACGCUCCAACGUUCGGUGAACGUGUUCUGACUGGCUCUGUGCGAGAAGACGCACCUAUUGGGACUAAGGCCUUGCAUGCGCUGGCUACAGAUGCUGAUCCACCGGGGAGGGAUUCAAGACUGGCUUAUUACAUCGUUGGAGGGUCUGGGAUGGCGCAUUUCUCUAUAGAUGAUACAGGUGUGAUCCGAACACUGUCUCCUCUGGACCGUGAGAACAUACCGCACUACUGGCUCACGGUGUGCGCGCAAGACCACGGCCUUGUGCCCCAACAUACCUGCGUUGAGGUCUACAUCGAAGUAGAAAAUGUAAACGACAUGGCACCAUGGCCGGAACGCGCAUCAUACUCCUCAUCAAUUCCUGAACACUGCAUCGCCGGCACAAGAGUGGCCAUCGUUCAUGCUGAUGAUGCUGAUGAUACUCCGACACCUUCUAAUAUCACUUACACUAUUGUCGCUGGCAAUCCGGAUGGGCUGUUCUCUAUUGAUGAACAUACAGGAGAGAUCGUGACAACCGGCCGAACACUGGACCGCGAAGCGACUCCUCGUCACGCGCUUGAAGUCUCCUGUUCGGACGGCGAGCUGGCAACAACCGUCCGUGUUCUGGUCACGUUGUUGGAUGUCAAUGACCACGCGCCGGCGUUUACGCAGCGGUUCUACGAGAUCAGAGUGCCGGCUGCGGCGGCUAUGCAAGCAGAUCAGGCGGAAGAGGCCGAAGGCAGCAGCGCGGAAUGGGACAGUGACGACGAGGACGACGGAUCCGGCGCUCGUCCGUCUUGGGACGACGACAACGACGCAACUGGCACUUACGUCGCUACCGUCGCUGCGCUCGACGACGAUUAUGGCGUGAAUGGCACUGUGAGAUACAGUUGGCGGGCGAGGGGUGCAGCGAGGGGGGUGUUGAAAGUCAAUGCGAAAUCAGGGAAGAUAUAUGCGACUAGAGCGCUGAGGAGGCAUGAUGCUUUUGAUAUCACGGUUCGCGCCUGUGACGGCGGCUCCCCGGCCCGCUGCGGCGUGGCCCGCGUGUCGGUGCGCGGCGCCCCGCGCGGCGGCGGCGGCGCGCCGGUGCUAGCGGCCCCGGCGCCGCUGCAGGCCGCCGAGUUGGACGCCCCUGGCUUCCUGCUGCUUGUGCUGCAGGCGACUGAUCCGGAGGGGGACCGGGUGUAUUAUGACAUUGUUGAUGGCGACGAAUGGAACGAGUUCCUAGUGGGCCGUGAAGACGGCUCCCUGGUCCUAGCGAAACGAUUACUACACGAACGACGGGACCGCUAUGCGCUUACUGUGUCCGCUAGCGAUGGAACUAACACUGCCACUGUUAUUGUAAACAUCACAGUAAUCAACGACGCGAACGAAGCAGGUGUCUCUUUCUCGCGCGAAGAGUACACUGUCGACGUCUCCGAAUCAGCGCGAGCCGGCGAAGCUCUCGCGGCGUUGCGAGCUCGCGCGGGGGAGGGGGAUAGCGAGGGAGAGAGGCUGCUAUACGGGUUGCAUGCGGCGCGGGCGCCGGCGUCAGUGAAACUGUUUAGGGUGCAUGAGCUGACGGGGGUUUUGGAGCUGGCUCAACCUUUAGAUAGAGAAACAGCCCACAUCCACGAGCUGACCGUCUGGGCGCGCGACCAAGCCCCGCGCGCAUCCCGCGCCUUCUCCAGGGUCACAAUCCGAGUACACGACGACGACGAACAUGCCCCAGAAUGGCGGAGAAGACUGGCUGAGGCCAGGUUACCGAGGAAUGCGGCUGUUGGGACGCUAGUGGCAGCGUUAAGGGCAGCUGACAGAGAUGCGGGAGAUGCUGCUAGGAUAGAAUACUCACUGGCCGGUGGCGACGCAGGCCUCUUCACCGUGGACGCAGCUUUAGGCGACGUGUACUUGUCCGCCCCGCUGCCCCCGCCCCCCGCGCCUCGAGAGUACACGCUCAACGUGCGCGCCGCCAACCCCCCACCACACGCUCGUGCCAAUACAUUACCACUGCACAUCACUAUAGUAGAGCCUGAUGUCGCUCCACCUCAGUUGGCAACAGACUCAUACGUAUUCGAAGUAGCCGAGAAUGAGCCUCCUGGCGUAGUUCUGGGCGCCAUCGAAGCCCGAGGCGCAGCCCUACGAUACUCGCUACAAGGCGGCGAGGGACGCUUCGCGUUGAAUCCGGCUGCUGGACUGUUGGCUACGGCUUCAGAAUUGGACUAUGAGGAGACAAGCUUCUACAACCUCACUGUUACUGUGUUUGCAAUGGGUGGUGGCUCAGCAACUGCCCACGUUGCAGUCCACGUUUUAGACCGCAACGAGUUCCCCCCCGUGCUCAUUUCCCGGCGCUACCACGGACGAGUGUCGGAAUCCGCCGCCCGCGGCGCUCUCGUCUCGCGCGCUGACGCCGACGCUCCUCUAGUACUCUCCACUAGUGAUGCAGACUCCCCGGCGCAUCAGCAGAGGGCGUUUGAGAUCCUACAGCCGGCGGCGGCGGCUUUAUUCGCUGUGCAUCCGACGACGGGCGCGCUGCUUAUAAGAGCGCCGCUGGAUUAUGAGACAGCGAAGAGACACGAAUUUACUGUUAAGGUUGUGGACAUGGGCUCACCUCGCCUACCAUCCGACAGCACGGCGACUGUAAUCGUAGACGUAGAAGACGUCAACGACUGCGCUCCGAUUUUCGAACGAUCGUCGUACGACGCGACCGUGUUGCUUCCGACGGCGGCCGGCGUUUUGGUGCAAGCGUUGAAAGCUACUGAUGCGGAUCUGCCGGCUAAUGGGACGCUUAAAUAUGAUAUUAUUGAAGGUGACGCAGCCGGCGCGUUCACCGUCUCCCCAACCGGCCUAGUAACUGUCUCCCAGCCCGACUUACUACCGGAGCUCGCCCGCCUCCGCGUCCGCGCGUCGGACGGGCGCUGGUCCGGCACGGCACGGCUCACCGUACGGGCACAUCCGGCAGAGCCGGCAGGGCUAGCGUUCGCUCAGCCGGAGUACUACGGCGCGGUGGCUGAGAACAGUACGCGGCCGGCGACGGUGGCGGUACUGUCCGUGCUCGGAGCGGCGCUGAACGAACACGUUGAGUUCUCUAUACUGAACCCUGUCGAAGGAUUUGAGAUUGGCGUAACAUCAGGAGCAGUCCGUAGCACAGGGUUGGCACUCGAUCGAGAAGAACGGGACUCUUAUGUUCUUCUCAUACAGGCAAAGAGUGGUACCGGAGCAGACGCCCGUAUAGCCCUAGCCCGUCUCGCCGUAUCCGUGACGGAUGUGAACGACAACUGCCCCGUGUUUGUCGGCCGUCCGUACGCCGCCGCCGUCCCGGCCGGCGCGGAGCCGCAAGCCCCUGUGUUCACAGUCCGGGCUGAUGAUAGAGAUGCCAAUGAUAAUGGAGAGGUCCGCUACGAGAUGAAACGCGGUCACGGCGAGCUGUUCCGCGUCGACCGUAGAACCGGCCAGGUCACUCUAAAGCAGACGCUAGACGCUCACGCCUCAGUCUACGAACUGGUCAUAGCAGCUUUUGAUGGAGGAUCACCACCCUGCGGAGCUGAAGCUACUCUUACGGUUCGCGUAUGGGCCGGCGGCGCAGCGCCCCACUGGGACGCCGCGCACUACGUCCGCGAAGCGAGAGAGGACGCCCCACCCGGCGUCCCACUGGCGGGCCCACUCAUCGCCCGCUCCCCGCUACAGCGUCCGCUCAUUUACUCGCUAGUUGAUCCGCCAACAGAUGCCUCGGGGGCACCGCUGUUUGAAAUACACUUCGACACAGCACCCGACAGAGGCAACCCAUGUGCCUUAGUCCCCGCUCUGCCCCUGGACUAUGAGCAGACCCGGGAGCUGGAGUUGGUGGUGCGCGCCACAGAUGGCGUGACAGGCGCGUCAGCUGAUGCUUUAGUUACGCUGCACGUGAUAGACGUUAACGACUGCCCGCCGGAGCUUUCGCAGGAUCUGUACGACGUGGAGGUUAGCGAAGCAGCUGCCGUUGGGACUACCAUCAUUACCUUCAACGCCAGGGAUAACGAUACCGGAGUAAACGGCGAGAUAACCUACUCGCUAUCCGGCGAGAACUCAUCUCUCGCGCUCUUCUCUCUCGACUCCACAACGGGCGCUCUCAUGCUUGCUGCCCCACUAGACGCUGAGACUACCGCUGAACAUAGAUUACUGGUCACAGCGAAGGAUGGAGGAAGGCCGGCUUUGGCGGAUACAGCGCAUUUGAGACUGCGAGUGAAGGAUGUCAAUGAUGCACCACCGAGAUUAGAAAGACCGGUUGUCAGCGCCCUAGUGAGCGAAGAAGCGGCCCGCGGCACGGUCCUCGCCCGCGUCGCGGCGUGGGACCCCGACGCCGGGGACGCCACGCGCCUGCGCUACGCCACCGUCGACGCUCUCCCUACCCCCCUACUCUCCGUCGACGAAACCACUGGCUUGAUUACCCUAUCAGCUCCUAGAGGAUGGCCUAAAGACUCUUCAAGAUCGCUGAAUGUGUCAGUUUCUGAUGGAGCUCAUGCAGCGUUCGCGAGAGUGAAACUUACCGUGGUGCCCGCGAAUAGACACGCGCCGAGGUUCCCGCAUCUGGUGUAUGAGGCGAGGGUUAUGGAAAAUCUACCGCCUCCUGUGCUGUUGACUACUGUGAAGGCUGAUGACGAAGACGGUGGUGAAUACGGCACGGUAACAUAUUCUAUCGACUCUGCCUUGCUGCGAGAGACGUUCUCACUUGACGCUUCUACCGGCGCUCUGACUACGCGCGUGGCUUUGGACCGUGAGGCUAAAGCUGAAUGGGAGGUCCCAGUAGCGGCCCGCGACGGAGGCGGCCGCAUCCGCCACACCACCGUUCGCGUCCGCGUGCUCGACGCCAACGACCACGCCCCGGAGUUCCCCCUCCGGGAGUACCGCGCCUCCGCCCCUUACAACCUACAACCGCAUAAGCCAUUCCUCACUCUAACUGCCCAUGAUGCAGAUAUAGGGGAACAUGCGAGGAUCAGAUAUGAGUUGUAUGAUGGGGAGCUGAAUUCGGACGCGUCAGGGCUGUUUGAGAUUGACGGAGUCACAGGCGCGUUGGCUUUUGCGAAGAAUGCUACCGUUUUUGCAUCUCGGUCCGUCGUGGUCUGGGCUCGCGCUCGCGACGGCGGCAACCGAGCUGGUUCCGCCGGCGUCUCCGUCUACAUCCUCGGCCCAGGAGAAAGAGCCCCAAGGGUCCAGCCUCCACCUCCAGCGCUGUUCCUGAGGGAAGAUGCAGCUCCGGGGACGCUACUGGCUGAGUUGAGAGCUGAUCCGACUGAGCCAGUGCCGAAGUAUAGGCUGGCACCGGUUAACUAUGGAAAAGAUCAGUUUGCCCUGGACGAACAAGGCCGCCUAGUCCUCUCAGCCCCCCUGGAUCGGGAGUCAGCGCGCGAGCUCCCCAUAGGGAUCCUCUGCGAAGGCCCCGGUUCCCCCGCCCCUGCUACCCUACUGAUGACAACUUUACAUGUUCUGGAUGUGAAUGAGCACGCACCGACGUUCCAUUCGCAACCUUACGUUGUCCAUUUGGCUGAGAACACGCCACCUCAUUCGACGGUCGUCAGAUUAAUGGCAACAGACCCAGACGCCGGUUCCAACGGCGAGGUUCAAUUUUCUCUCGGAGAAGGCGGAGACUCAGCCUUAUUCGCCGUGGACGCUCGCACUGGCUGGGUGACGACUCGAGCGAGUUUGGAUCGAGAAACGAAAGCGGAGUUACGCGUUCCACUGAUAGCUAGCGAUCAAGCGCCUCAGAAACGAUCUAGUCGUGGUACACUCGUCGUCAGAUUACAGGACUACAACGACUGCCCGCCCCGCUUCGAGCCGGCCGCGUACUCCGCGUCGGUACCCGAAGACGCUGCCGCCGGCACCGUCGUCGCCAAACUCACCAUCACUGACGCUGACGCCACCACCUCCCCACUGUCCUUCCUUGUGGCUUCAGGGGACCCUAGGGCAAGAUUCCAACUAAGGCCGUCAGGAGAACUGUUAGUGGCUCGGCCGCUAGAUCGAGAGUUGGAGGAAAACUAUGAACUUAGUGUUAUCGCGACGGAUGGGAAGUUCGAUGCACGAGCGACUGUUCAAGUUACUGUUACUGAUGUCAACGAUAACCCGCCCUACUGCGUCAGACACCGCUACCGCGCAUCGCUGCCAGAAAACGCGGCGGUUGGAACGCGCGUUGCCGCUCUAGAAACGACCGACGCAGAUCUGCCUCCACACAAUGCGCUGAGAUACUUCCUAGAGGGCGAAGCCAAUGAGGACUUUACAAUUGACAAAGAAACCGGCGAAGUGCGCGUAGCGCGUGCCUUAGACCGCGAGACGCGGUCAUCCUACUCCCUAACCAUGCACGCUCAAGAUCGGGCGCGGGCCUCGUGGCAAUGCGCUUCAGAGUUACUUGUUACUCUGACAGAUGUGAACGAUAAUGCUCCGAGAUUCUCUGCGGAACUGUACUCUGUUACUCUGCCGGAGGAUGCUGAGUUGGGGACUCUGGUUGCCAAGGUGCACGCCACAGACCCAGAUCUAGGCUCCAACCGUCUCAUCACCUACUCCUUCGUAGAAGAAGAGGGCGGUGACGGUGGCGUGUUCUCUCUCUCACCAGACAGCGGCGUCCUUACGCUACGAGCGCCGCUUGACAGAGAGGCUGCCGCGUCGCAUAGGGUGUUACUGCGAGCCACUGAUGGCGGGACGCCGCCUAAGUCUUCGACAGCUGCUUUGAGAUUGACAGUUGCCGACGUGAACGACAACCCCCCAGAGUUCGAGUUCCGCGAAUACCGAGCCGCGGCCCCCGAGCUCGACGCGCCCGGGACCGAGAUCCUACGCGUACGCGCCACGUCACGAGACACCGGCGUCAACGCUGAAGUCGCGUACUCACUCGUCGCCGGCGACGAUAGAGAAGACUUCACUAUAGACAAAACAUCAGGAGCCGUCAGCAUAGCGAGACCGCUAGACUACGAACGCAGAAGAGCUUACUUACUAACAAUACAAGCGCUUGAUGGCGGCUCACCACCGCUUGGCGAUCUUGCAACGCUUAACAUCUCUGUUAUAGACGCGAAUGACAACGCCCCUGUUUUCGCUCAAACAUCUUAUAACGCUCGCGUUAGAGAAGACUCACCUAUAAACACAAGGAUAUUACAACUUAUAGCUGAUGAUGCCGAUGAUGGCGCUAAUGGAAGGGUCACCUAUUCUAUAGCGAGAGGAGAUCGCGAUGGGCGAUUUAGUAUAGAUGAAGAUACUGGUUAUAUCUCUGUUGCGGCGCCGUUAGAUAGGGAAACUGUUUCGACGUAUACGCUUGAAGUUCGCGCGCGCGAUAGGGGCUUACCAGCGCUUGAAGCGUCUGUCAAAGUUGCAGUUGAAGUGUUAGAUGCUAACGAUAAUCCACCUUUAUUCGAACGAGCGAACUACUCUGUAGUCGUCCAAGAAGAUAGACCACUAGGACAUGCACUGUUGAAGCUAGGAGUGACAGACGCUGAUGCGGCACCCAACGCAAUGCCUUAUACAUUUGAUUUCCAAGCGGGCAACGAAGCUGGCGCGUUCCGAUUAGAACAGGAUGGUACUUUACGAACUGCUGCAAGAUUUAACCAUCGCAUUAAAGAACGCUACGCGUUACAAGUCCGUGUAUUCGAUAAUGGAGCACCGCCUUUAUAUUCUGACGCUUGGAUACACGUGCGCGUUAUAGAAGAAUCUCAAUACCCACCUGUAGUAACGCCUUUAGAUGUCCAAGUGAACUCCUACUUAGAUGAGUUCCCAGGUGGCAUUCUCGGUCGUGUAGUGGCAUCCGACAGAGACGCGUAUGAUACUUUGACUUACGCAAUAGCAGCACCAAAGCCGCCUCUUGGACUAUUCGAAAUUGAUUCGACCGACGGUACAUUGCGCGCGGCACCUCGUUUAGAUGUCGGAGAAUAUAAGCUAAAUGUGACUGUCGCGGAUGGGAAAUUCAUAUCUCACGCAAACGUUAGAGUAACUGUCCUCUUAGUGACAGAUGCGUUGCUAGCUCAAGCGGUAGUAGUGCGUUUUAGAGCGGUGAAUGCCGAAGACUUCGUGUUGAGUCACAGGAAGGGAUUCGUGCGAGCGGUUCGGGAGGCGGCGGAUUGCGAGCCGGGAGAUGUGGUGUUGUUGGGGGCUCAGCCUGAAGGAGAUACGGAGGAUUGGGAAGAAGGAACGAGAACGAGGCGACAGGUGGCCCGCGACCUUGAUGUGGCCCUAGCCGUCCGCACCAGCGGCGGCUGGCUGGCGGCCGACGCGCUCCGCCGUCGCCUGCACGCACAUCUCGAACGAUUGGAAGAACGCGCUCGACUCGUGGUAGAAGAGCUGGUGCGGGCCGCGUGCGGCGGUUGCGUGCACGGAGCGUGCGCGGAGCGGGUGGAACUAAGGGCUGAGCGGUCGAGAGCUGUUAUGAGCGAUGUCUUCGCUUUAGUCGCACCACCUUUGAGACUGCGCGGGUCUUGCGCUUGUGAGCCGGGCUGGGCCGGCCCGAGAUGCGAACACGAAGCCGAGUGCAGCGGAGUGGAGUGUGCUGCUGCUGGUCCUCGAAUUCUUCAACUAGCGGGCGACGGUUACGCGUGGUUGCGAGUCGAGCGCGGCGCGGUAGCGGGCGAGCGUAUACCAGAAGAUGAGCUGGCGUUAACGUUGCGUUUCCGCACUAGGCGCGCUGCUGGCACGCUGCUGUGGCUCGCUGGGAAGGUCGACUACGCUAUACUAGAGGUCGUGGAAGGCUUCGUGCAAUUCCGUAUGGAGCUGGGUUCUGGGCCUGUGUCCGUGCGCUCAGCAGUACCUGUAGCUGACGGGGAAUGGCAUGAACUGAGGCUCGAGCGGCGAGGGGCUAGCGCUAGGCUCACGGUGGACCGUCGCGCAGUCCGCGGCGCCGCGCCGCCCCCAGCUGCGUUGCUCGACGCACGCGCCGAUCGUCUGUUACUCGGAGCGGCUUUGGCGAGGCACGCGCAUGCGCUAGCGCCUGAACAGGUUACCCGCGGUUUCGUGGGCUGCAUAACCGACGUGACUCUCGGCGGGACGCUGGUUCCGCUCGAAGAAGGCGCCGGCGCGGAAGAAGCCGCCGGGCCCCGCGUGCAGCUCGUGCGGCGCGUGCGGGCCCGCCUGGCGCCGGCCUGCGCGCCCCUCGCGCCGCCCACCGCGUGCUCUGGGUACCCGUGUCUCAAUGGCGGCACGUGUCAUGAGCUGGCGAAUCUUUUGGAAGAGGGGACGGACAGUGAAGAGGGAUAUAGGUGUACCUGCCACGCCCGUUUCCUCGGCCGCCGCUGUGAAGUAGACGGUGACCCUUGCGCGGCCCAACCCUGCUUACACGGUGGAGUGUGCAGCGCGGCCCCGGCUGGCUCGGUUCUCCCCUUCGUGUGUGCGUGCGGCGCAGGAUUGAGGGGAGCGCGGUGUGAGCUGGGACGGUGGUGCGGCGCGGAAGGCGCGCCGGUGUGCCAACAUGGAGGCGCGUGUGAAGAGGGUGAAUGGGGCCCCUCAUGCCGCUGCCUGGGCUACUACGGUCCCCGCUGCGAGUACGACGCGGACGAGUGCGCCGGCGAACCCUGCCUCAACGGCGCCACGUGCCUUAACGAACCGGGGUCCUUCAGGUGCCUGUGCCCGCCGGAUAAGACUGGCAUGAACUGCGGCAACCCACUAUACUCUGACGCUGUCAUGGCCGGAGGUAUUGGCGCGACCAACACUCGUUCUCUCCGCGACGCGUGGCGCUGGGCCGUGGAGUCAAAAUGGCCGCUCGCUGCCGCCGCCGCCGCGUUAUUACUACUGUUACUGCUAGCGCUGCUGCCGCUCGCGUUGCUAAGGCGACGGACGAGUCAUCGCAGUGCAGAGAGCGCGCCGCUGAACAGCGCCAAAGCGCCGCCGCGGACCAAAAUGUCGAACUUGGCGGCGGCGCGCCCGGCGUCUUGCGCAAGUGCCACUGCCACUUUGAACAACUUGGAUACGCUACGAUCUUACGGUUCUGCAGGUGACGAGCUGGAAGGCUUACCACCAGAUAUCAGAAGGAAUCUAAAUGUUGAGCCAGCUGAACGCAAGCCGUGGUCGGAGCAAAUGCAUUUACAUUCGUUUGUCGAUAAUAAGAUUUAUAACGAUCUAAAAGGCUGUAAGAACCGCCUCCGCGCGACGUCACCUGUGAGCGUGCGCCGACUGCCGGCGUUGACCGGCGACGGCGCCGGCGCGCUGGUCGGCGGGUACCACUGGGACUGCUCCGACUGGUGCGGCGGGCAGGGCCUGCCUGGCAUCUCUGAGGUGGCAGGCUCCGAGCGGCCCGACUCGUCGGAGCCGAGCCCUCCAUCCCUCCCCUCCCUCCCCUCGCUGCCCUCCCCCCCGGCGGCGCGGCGGGCCGCCCGCCUGCCCGCGCCGCACCCGCCGCCGCCCGCGCCCUUCGACACGGACUCGGCGCCGGAGGACCUGGACAUGGAUCAUGACCCGCUUCACUUCACUGAUGCAUCAUCAUACUUACUCCACCCAGACACGUAUCUGCCGCCUUGCGCAGACGACACCACGGAGGCACCACCGUCCCCCGUCUCCCCUCGAAGGGAGACUAGGGUACGUCGGGACCCGGAUGCCGCUAGCCUUAUUACCAUGUUUGAGGAGCGUCACUCCCUACUCGCCGGCUCAUGUUCGGACAUGUCCGCCCACUUGUGCGAGAUCGAGGAGAGCGACGACGAGGCGCCCCCGCCGCCCGCGCGCCACACCGACGUGUGACGGCGCGGCUAGCUGACUGAUUAGUGUACACACGCCUUUAUCACUUACAAGCUUAAAGCACUGACGAGGCAGCGUCCGAGGCAUCGAUGCGACUUAUAAACAGGCAACGCGGCCAGCCGAGGCAACGCGGAAUGUACGAGGCAUCCAUACACUGCAGUCUUGCCUCGUGUGGCAAACUCAAAAGUCUAAGUGACAGAGCUGCCUUGCGAGUCAGUGCUUGGAGUGUGGAAUUUAAAGCCUGACCAAAAAUACAUAUGACUGUUGUCAAAAGAGUGCUGGUAUUCUGAUGUAUGUGGUGACAGUUCAGUAUAGUGUAAAGAAAAUAUUUCAGUAGGCCUAGCGCAUGAUUGCCGCGAGAGUAUGUCGCUGCGAGAUUGAUCACACGUCUUCUUCUAACUGUAUUAAUGACACAAGGACGAGUAGUCUAUCUCGCGGCGACAUACUCUCGCGGCAAUCCUGUGUUGGGCCUACUAGUCAGGCUUUAUAUGACAAAAACAUUCUUUCCUCAUGUGACAAUUGCCUCGCGAGGCAGUUUCUUUCUUAUCACGGAGUGAAACGCGAAUCAAAGACUUUUAUACAUUUCACCGAGUGCAAUGUAUGAAUAGCAUUGAUUUGAUCGCGCGUCGCACUUCGCUGCCGUCCUAUUAACAGCCAUUCACAUCUGUCAAAGUAACAUGCUUUAAGGCUUGUAAGAUUGAAUAUUGGCAUUAGGUUUUUGUCUCCGGUGGACGUUUGCGUAUAGUUUCACAUUGUGUAUGUCAUGUAACAUGGUGCUGUACGCAGCGUCACUCGGACAUCGCUCUAUUACACCUGCCUGAAUUUAUCAUGUAGGUAUGUCCAAAAAAAAUUCUCGCUAAAAUACAGUCGAGCGUAAUAAUUAGCCUUGCAAGGAAAUAGCCUCGCGCUAGGCAUUUAAAACGGAGUGGCUCCGCGAGGCAUUUUGCACGCGAGGCAACUAAAUCUAUGCCUCCUCGUAUGUAGGCAAGUGAAACAGCAAACAAAGUUUAUGAUAGUUAUGUUAACUUAGGAUUAGUGCCAUAUUUUCUUUACACAAAUUAAUUCUAAGCAUAAUUUUAUAACAAAGUGUUUUGCUGGAAAUAAUAAUGAAAGAGUAAUAUAGACAUCUAAUAUUAGGAAUAAAGUCAGAAUUCAUAAUAUUUACAGUACCUGACUAAAUUCACGAAGGUGUGAUAGAGCGUAGGUACACGUGUUUUUCUGCACUGACUACUAAAAACUCUUUUACAUUAUUUUAAGGCAGCUAAUAAUAACAGUAUUACUUUAAUUGGACUUUCUAAGACUGGGAGUGAUAUUUAUUUGUUUUUUUACAGAUAUAAAAUAAUAAUUAAUGUACUAAGUAAAUAGCAGUGUAUGUUCUGUUGUAUAAGCUUAAGUUUCGGAUAUUAUUAUGAGUAAUCACAUAAAACCCGUCUACCACCCUAAAACGUUUUCACAUUUCACAAAAUGUGUUACUGUGAAAACGGUCUAAGGUUAGGCCACUAAUCACUUUGUUCAUAAGUUCCGUGUCAGUGCGGAAAACACACCUUACUCUAAGCUAGCGUAAGACUCAUUAUCGUUUUAAAUAUUUUUACUGAACCGUUUUGUAUUAAACUAUAAAUUUUAGAAACAAUAGACUUCCGUUGAAUGUUACGUCAAAACAUUUACGACCGUUCCUGAGUGUAUAAACAAUUAAACAAACAUAUUUAAGUAUAUUGUAAGAUAUGUAAUAUGUACACGAGUGUGUGAUGUAUAUGUGUGAGUGCGUGUGUGCACAAUGUAAUUUACUGUAAAUAUAUUGGUCGUGAAAAUCGGGACUUCCUCCUUUUUAGAAUUUGGAAUUUAUAAAUGAGUCAGCGUAAUUAUGUACCUUUCUAACCUAAUAGAUGAAAAAAUAUUUCAGUGUGACUGUAAAACUUGCAUUAAAUCGUCUUAACUCAGCAUGUCGAACAAUUUUUUUUAUUUUUUUUUUCUUAUUUUAGGUUAGAAAAAGGUUAUUAUAUUUAUUAAAAUUAAAAGGAAGAUAAAGAUAUCCCAAAUUCUAAAAAGGGUAAGAACCCCACGGUUUUAGAGCGACAGAAAUAAAUAUGACUUCUUGUCUAUACCGUAUGUUGAAUUUUAUAAAACAUGAAGUUACGCACGAUAUAAGACUUAUCGAUGGCUACACACGAUAGCGUAUUGAAAUGGUGCUCUCAGUAUAGUUUCAUAUCAUAACUCUAAACUAUGCAUUUAUUGAACAUUCUCCUUCUAGGCUAGCGAAUUUAACUUAAGGAAUCUAUUUUUAUAUGUAUGAAGGAACAAAGGGGCAACGUACCUCUGAAGGGGUGGCAGCCCCAAAACGUACAACACUGUACAACUCGACUAUUUAUUAUUUAAUGUAUUUCGUUGAAUAAGUUUUGACACGACUAAUAAACUGAAUGAACAAUU